AUGGAAUAUAGCAGCAGUGAGUUUUCUGAUGCAGAUUCAUGCAUUUAUUCAUCGGUAAAAACAUUAGAUAGGGAACGGUGUAAUAACAUCAUUUCUCCUUUUUUAUAUAGAAAACCAAAAAAAAAGAGGGGUAUUAAAAAUGCUUUAUCUAAAUUAUUUACGGCAUCUUUGUUAUCCAAUUCGUUAUACCCAACGCCAAGUGGACAAGAAAUAACGGCAGGCAAUAGAAUAUUUGAUACCAAAUUACGCAUUAGUCGUCGUGAUAAAAUACAAAUGGAUGGAAAUUAUAGAAACAUAGUAGAUCGUUUGAAAAAGGAAAAGGAAAUUAAUGAACUAAGUGAUAACUGUAGUGAUACAGCAGAAACGUCAUCCUAUACUUCAGGGGAAAACGAAUAUGAUAGUGUUAAUAGCUUCGGUGAUAGUUUGGAUGAGAGUGUUGAUGAUGAGUCGAUGGAAUUCCAAAUGGAGGAUAUAAAGAUAUUGAAAGAUAACAAAAUAAUAGAAGACCAUGAAAUUCCAUAUAGUUGUAAAGCAUCAGAUUUUAAUUAUAAUAUAUCUGAAGAAGAUUUAGAUGAUAUAUUGAAUCAUUUAAUUGAUCCUUUAAAGUAUAGACAGAUGUUUGUUUUAUUUAAUUAUGUUCAUAAUAUUCAAAGAAAUAAGUGUCUUCAAAUGCAAGAUAUUUUAAAAAAGUAUUGUGAAUAUUUGGGAAAAGAGAAAAAUUUACCUGAUGAAAUAAUUAAUAAAAUAUGGGCAAAAAAUUGUUCAUACAUGAUAAGUGAAAUAUUGAAAAAGGACUUUGCUGAUUUUAAUUCUUUAAAUGGGAUGUUAAAACUUGGAUCAGUUCAACGUUAUGAAUUUGCUAACUUUUUAAAUGAUACAAAAUUAUCCUGGGAAACAUUUACACGAGAAAUGGACAAUAAAUUGAUGGAAAUGAUAUAUAUCGAUAUAGAACGUGGGUCCAUUGAGGGGGAUGACUUAAUGAAAUCCGACUCCUAA